AUGGUCCAGACAGGGGCGGACCGCCAUGGCGUUGAGAAUGCUUUGGACCAAGUGCGUCAUGUGUCGUGGGAAUCUGGCCGGACACUACGAGGGAAGUAUUUGGUGCUGCUCGCUUUCGCGGAGGAUGCACCAGACGUUGGAAAUGAGGGAGCUCAUCCAAGCAGGUUAACGAGGGCGGUGCUUGCGGCGUCGAUGCAUACUACUGAGGCUCAUUUUCUUCUCGUGGCAGACGGAUUCGAACUCGACGCCACGACAAGGGAGGCCACGGUGAGGACGUUUCACACUGUCAAUCGAGCCAUGAAGAUUGUACCUGGAAACUCCGUGGUGGCUAUCUUGUCCACAUCGACACUCUUGCUCCCCACCAGCUCCGUGGACACCUGCAUCCCAACGACCAAGGAUGCAGAAUGUUUUGACGAUGUCGACAGCGAUGCCGGCAGGGAGGGGGCAGCAAGCGACGUUUUUGUCGCCUACGAGCGACUGAAAAGCGUCGUCUCCGUUGCCAUCCCACCCACGGAAUCCAGCAGGAUGGACUGCCCUUAUGGGUCACCAGUUGAAGCUACGGGGAAUACCCCUCCCAACGAUAACAGACCAAGCCCUACAGGCGCAGAGGGGAGGCGUAAGAACGAGGGUGAUCAUCUCCGCCAUCGAAGCAACAUAGACCGUCAAAGAGGGGGCUUGCUUGUGACCGCCUUACCACCCCGGACGACUUCAGAUCGGCGAGGCGAUCGUGACGGUCACGUUUCAGCGUGGUCUCAGGGGGGCGCGCAGCAUGAGGGGCAUGGUCAGGGUGUAGCCCAGGAAACAGAAACGGCUGAGUGGAUACCCUCAAGAUCGUCUCCGCCGCUUGCACCACCUCGGGAACCGCCGGCUACGAGGAUCAGCGAUACAGCGCGUAUACCUCUACUGGUGUUCGAUACCGAAACGUUUUUGGCCCUGGGGGAUCUCGACGAGCGAUUCUCUUUUCAGGGUGGGGUCGCCGAGUGGAUUAGUCGAGCACAACCGAGCAGUGCUAGUGGCUGCAGAUAUAGCAACGCUGGCCGGCACCUUGGCGCGCUCAGUACAGUGCGACCAGCAACAGAGUAUGGGAGCGCUACCGCUUCCCCCUGUACUGGAUUCGCUGUCAAGCACGUACAUGAACGAAAAUGGGGUAGAUUGUUUGUCAGAACUUGGCCGGGUUACGGCGCAGGCACAGCAUCCCAGCGUACUGCAGGCUCUACGGACGAGCACCGAAUGGGAGAAGCACAGCAUCGUACUACGGAUCCGCUUGAAGACGGUGUUCAACGUGAUAAGCCUCUUGAACAGAUCUUGCGACAAGGCAAAGGCGGGGAUGGAUUCCGUCAGCUGGAAUAUUCUAGGGAUCCACCGGCACCAGAUGAGGUCGUCAUCGACAAGCGGAAUCAGAUCUCCCCAGAGGCACUGGAGGCCUUGGUUCAAGCUGACAGUGAUUUGUUUUUCUUGCCUCUGCUGCUUGAGGCCCCUUCCCCAGAGCACGAUGAUACUGAUUCCGUGCGGCGGUGCAUGACAUUCCACUCGGAGUGGAUGGGGAGAACUCCAGACAAGGUCCUAGAGGACAAUGUACUCGACAGGCGAAAGAGGUUUCCCGUGGCGGUGGUGGUCGUGAUACACGAUGAAACCUCCCUAGUGCGUGCAGCCCUGGACGAGAUUGCCAUUGUGGUGGAACACAUCGUGGAGGUUGGUUCCUGGGCUACCGAGCGCGAACAAAGACAGCACGGGGAUUCCCUCAUCAAGAAAGAUCCCAGGGCGCUAGUGUUGGCUGCGCAACAUCCGGAAGCAAGUUGUUCGGUAGCAGAAGUUGACAUAUACUGGGCCAGUGUAAGGUCGCUCGUGGUUCCGGCGAACAUGCACAUGGUGUGGCUCAAAGACCCGCAUCGUUGUGAAUGCAAUUUCAACCUUGCAUUCCUAUUUCGACUUAGGAGCGAACACCGAGCCAUUACGUGCGACGUCGAUAUGAGCGACGAGGAGGUGGAGGAUCAGGUUGGUGUCUUGCCCAUCGGUAGAUCAAUAGGGGUCAUCCGACGUCUGAGCUAUCACGAGGAGCGCCACGAUUUGGAGCAGCUGCAGCUCAAGUCAAUUUCUGGAAAGCUCGCGGUUGUCAACGCCAAGGACAACGACGAUGAUCGUCCUUUACCCCGCUGGGUUACCGGGGAAAGUGGUGACUCUGCUUUCGAACCUGCCCUCGUCGGGGCCAGCGCUGUGUGGUCCAAGUUAUUGGAGGCUAUGUCAUCUAGAGAUCAUUGUGGGCACCCUCCGUGUGGCAAGGGUAAACACAUACAUGCAGACUGGGCGGACCUUGGAGAAGAAAUGUCGCGAGUUCAGGGGGCUGCAGUUGUUGAAAGGGCGGACCUCGUCAAGAUCCCUGGCGUACUGGCACCGGCCAACAGUUUGGACUUCGUCAAGACCCUGCAGUCAUAUUUUGCUAUUUUCAGGGGCUCUCUUUUUCCCACCAGGUCGAUGAUCGAAGGACAUCGUCUGGCUCAAGUACAGAUGAACAAACGUUUCGUCGAUGCCGUUGCGAAUGGAGACUCUGAAGCGGCAAGGUAUUUGAGCACGUACUACGCGGUCGUCGAGGUGCCCAAGCUGGCGAGUGAUGGCUAUGAAAACGCUCCAACCCUGGUGGGUAUGGCGGACGUGUUCGUGAACAACUUGGGCUACAUCUGGAAUGAGAAGGCAAGAGCGGAGAUCCUCAACGGCGUUUUCGUCAUAACCCAGCGCUGGGGAAAUGAGUACUUUCAUUUCCUGGUGGAAAAUCUACCACGGAUCACUCCCAUGCUAGACAUCCUUCGGGAGAAUCUCGACAUCAAGGUGCCAUCAUUUGCCAAGUCACACUAG